GUAUUUGGAGGCUCCUCCUGUAAUGGUGAGAACUUCCUGGAGAUACAUGGUUUUCUCUUUGAGGACUCCUCUCCCUAAGAUCAUUUCUGGUCACCAGCCAUUGCUUCCGCGCAGAACCUUGUUGCCAUUUGCAUGCAGGAAAGCCAUGGAUAGGAUUGAAAUGACUGUACAACGUAAUCAUUUUGCUUCCUUGUGGGAGCUGUCCACCCAUUACGUGAAGGCGCUUGAACAAUUGAUGCCCAAACCUUUGUCCCGGCCUCUAAGAAGUCAGAAAACAAUUGCCUUUCAAUUCACUAAAAUUCAGUGGGUGCUCCCUCCAGGAUUCAGCAUGGAAACUUUAGAGCUGCACGUUAAAAGGAAGAGAAUCCAACAUGAAUGGGGUUUUCCAGUCCUUAUCCAAAAAUCCCUCAGGAGCUUCCUCUAUCCGCCACCUUCACGAUCAUCUGUAACAAAGACAAAAAUCAGUGUCCAUAACCUGGCUCAGGCGCUAUUGUUCCUUCCGCAGGACAUUUGCAAAAAUCUUGAACUUCAUGUGCAGAAGACAAAACUAUAUCAUCGGUGGGGUUUGCCACAAAGGGUUCUUGGAUCUCUGAAGAAGCUACAACCAGAAGUCAAAAUUUGGGCCCCGAGGCCGAAAACGCUGGUGCACCAGACAAGAAGAACAGUAUCCACUUACAAGACCAUCCCUCUGUUCCAAACAAGGACUGUUCUAUGCACCAUGUGCUGCAAACAGAGGAUGGUGGCGAUUCCACCACAUGUUCCUCACAAGCUUUCCUUCAAAGGAUCCAAUCCUCUGGAGAAGAUUAGCCUUCACAUAUCUAAGAAAUACGUGGAGAUACAGUUGGAGGUUUUCCCAGACGUUGUUAUGGGUUCUUGGAAACUUAAUGUAUUGGCAACAAGGCAACCACUCCCCAAAUUAAUCUCCCAUAGCCCUAAGAUUUUGCAGCCCCGGCGGAGUUUCCUACCCUUUAUGCAAAAGCAGGAGGCAAAAAGAUUGGAGAUGGCAGUACAGCUUUGCUAUUUUAAUUCCCUCUGGGGUCUGGGCAAAAGAUAUGUGGAAGCCAUUGAUGCAAUGAUUCCUAGAUCCUAUGCCUCACCUUUCCAGAGAAAGAAGAUUCCUGCUGGGAUGUUCUCAGAGAUACAGAUACCGUUUCUCCAACAACAAGAACGAGAGUUUAUUGAACUGCAUAUCAGGAAGAAGAGGUUGCAUCAUGACUGGGGCUUCCCGGCACUCAUCCAGAGCUCUCUCAGGGUCUUCAUGCAAGGCUUCCCCCCACGUUCCACCACCCACAGGACCACAAUCAAUAUCCGUGCUUUGCCACAAAAGUUUUCAUUUCUCCCUUGGCCAACUUACAACUACUUAGAGUUUCACCUACAGAAAUUGAAACUACAGCGGCGUUGGGGCUUACCAAAGAAAAUCCUUGAGUCGCUGAAAUAUUUCCGCCCGUCUGCUCCUUUGGGAAAAGCUCGGCUCCCCCCAAGUGCCAAGAAAACUAAAUUAACAGAAGCAAGGUUCUGCCCUGGAGGAAAUCAACGGGUUUGUUGCAAACUGCUUGAUUCCACGCAUUAUGCUCCAAAGCAAUUGGAUCUCCUCAAGGAACACAUCAGGAGAAAAUAUCUUCAGAGGCAGCUAGAGACACUCCCUAGGCUGGUGAGACAGUCCCACAAAGACUCUGGUACCAUGCCACAAAAGCACCUUCCUAAAUUGAUUGAGGCUGGGCAGAAAUCCCCCACCCAUAGAGCUCAGUCUUUACUUUUUCUGCCGCCAAGUGAUAGAAAUAGGUUGGAACAGAACGUGAGACAUAAACAUUUGGUGUUCUUGUGGGGCAUCAGCAAAAAAUAUAUGGAAUCCUUAUCCGUCGUGGUCCCAGUUAGACCUUUCCCAGCAUGGACUCGAAAUGCAAGCGUUGCAUUCCAAGAGCUAAAGACCCCUUUUGUUCAGAAAGAGGCAAGAGAAAUGUUGGAGCAUCACAUCCAGAAGAAGAGACUUCAUCAUUUCUGGGGUUUGCCUUCCAUCAUCCAAAGCUCUCUACUGGCCUUUACGACCUACUUAUCCAUCGAUCGCCACCCACCUCGUAGAAUAAAGCAGGACGUUAGAAGUUCAGUGCAGGAUCUGCCAUUUGUCCCUGAGCGUGUUCAGCAGAACUUAGCAUCUAGCAUUAAAAAGAUGGUCAUUCACAGCCAAUGGGGGCUACCCAAAAAAUUGCAGAAAUUUCUGCAUGGCUUUCGUCCCACCCCUCCGGGAGAACUAAGGGAGUUCAGAAACUUUCUCGUCAGUGGACCUAAGCUCAAAAGAGCUCAACGUAUCACUAGAUUGCCAGAGUCAAGUUUUGUAGAUGGUCAACACAAGAAGACCUCCUUUCUCACAAAUGAAAGCAUAGAUCUUUUGGAGAGGCACAUCCAACAUAAGAAGUUCCAGCAUGAAUGGGGGCUGCCCUCUGUCCUUCAAAGGUCCCUUCGUGCUUUUGCUCCUUUGCCUCCAGAACCACAAAGGGCUUUGACCAGAUUGGCCAUGGCUGCCCCUUCACGUCUGCAAACUGAAGGGAGGCUCACGAUGACUCCGAAGCUGUUGUUCCUGGAUCCAGUCACAAAGGAAUGCUUGGAAGCACAUACAAAAAGACACAUCGCUAGACACAAAUGGGGCCUUCCCAAGCAAGUACAGGAAUCAAUAAAGACCAUGUUGCCCCCUACAUAUUUUCGCCAGCCUGAAGAUCUUAUUGACCGAAUCCCAUCGGGUACCCGUGAUCAAGUCUACCCAGCAAGAAUUAAGGAGAUUUCAGAUACUAGAGACCAACAUCUGCCUACAAAUAAAAAAGCCCAAAAACGGAGGAGCCAGAUAGAGGACUAUGGUGGCAGGCAACUACCAUGGACAGCAGGAGGACAUCCCAAGUCUCCCUCUCCACGAGUAAGGAACCGAAUUCCAACUCUGAGUGGAAAAGUUACUCCUAAGUUUCACCAAGAGAGCUGGGCUGAGACCUUCUAUACAAAGGAAGUUUGGGAUGCUCUAGAAUUCCAUAUCAGACACAAGAGGAUCCAACAUGAUUGGGGCCUGCCCUUGAUGGUCAAGAAAUCUCUCAAUGCUUUUGCUCCCCAUCCACCAGAGCUGCACAGCGCAACUACAAGAUCAGGAGGGCGCCUCUCUGUUAAGAGCCGAGGGAAAGGAGCAACUCAUCAGUCACUUGCUAUGGUACAGGCAACAAUCCCUCGCUCAGAGCUACAUUUUUUGAGUGUGGAGGUCAAUGAUCACCUGGAAGCCCAUUUGAAGAAUUGGACUGUAAAGCACAAAUGGGGGCUCACCAAACGCCUUCGGGGUUCACUGAGGACUAUCGCUCCUCCUCGACCUGAAUCCCAAGCUGGAAUGCACAAGCCUCAUGGGCAGCAUAGCAGAUCCGCCCAGCCACAUAAAAUCUCUUCCUACCAUGACAGGGAGACAUCACAACGGCAAGUCAUCUCUAAGAAAGGAGCCUCAAAAAUAUCCAACACUCUUCGCCAUCAAGGGCAAAGCUCAGCUCAGGGAAAGCCAUUGUUCUUUACAGAGGAAAAUUGGAAUCUCUUGGAAUUCCACAUUCAGCAGAAGAAAAUCCAGCACGAUUGGGGUGUGCCUUCUAUGGUGCUCCGAUCCUUGAAUGCUUUCUUCCCAUUUCCGAUCAAGAUCCAAAGUCCAGGCAAGAAGAGGCUCAGGGCUAACCAGUGGGUUACCAAAGACAUAAAAGUGCUUGUUCCCUCCACGUUCUUCCUUAGUAAGGAGACCAAAGAGGUUCUGGAAGCUCAUAUGAAGAAGAAGAUUGCAGAGCAUAAAUGGACUGUUCCCAAACGACUUCAGCAGGCCCUGGGGACGUUGUCAACUCCCAAAUCCCAUUUCCGAUCCAAGGACUUUUAUCGACAAGCUCCACUCUGUCGCCGAUGCCAAUUGCUCCUUCAGACUACCGAUGAUUCCCAAACUGAGAAGGAAGAGGAAGAGGAAGAUAGGAGAAGAAAGAGAAGGAAAAAGGAAUAUUUGCAACCAAGGAACCGGAGAAGGUCUACAUUUUCUGGGAGAGCUAGCAAGCAACACUUAUUGUUCUCAGAGCUAAGGCUUCCCUUCCUUUCAGAUGAAGCCAGGAAUUAUCUGGAAUUCCACAUCCAGCAGAAGAAAAUUCAGCGGGCUUGGAGCUUGCCCUCCAUGGUGUUGAGGUCCUUGCAUGCUUUCGCCCCAUUUUCCCCUGAAAUUCCCCAGAGCACUAGGAAGCGCAUAGUCAAGACACAGGGAUGGAGUAAGAAAGAAGUGGUGGUGAUUGCCUCAGACCUUCCCUUCCUCAGCCAAAGGACCAAAGACAUUUUGGAAGCUCACUUGAAGAGGAGGACUGCAGAGCACAGGUGGGGCAUGCCAAAAACCAUUCGGAAGUUCCUGGGAUCGCUGGUGCCUUCCAGACCACCUUCCCAACAUGAAAGCAUUCACGAACAGCCGUCACUCUGCUGGAAGUGUAAAUCCCUCCUUGAGUCUACAGAUGUUUCCCAAACUGAAGAAGAAGAUGAAGACUUGCGAGACGAGUCAAAGAAAGCCAGGAGAAGGACGAGAAGGGCAGAGCAAUAUUUCCAGCCGGGGAACCAGAGAAGAUCUACAUCUUCUGGGAGAGCCAGCAGGCAAUUCUUGUUGUUCUCAGAGCAAGGGCUUUCUUUUCUUUCCGAUGAGGCCAGGAAUUAUCUGGAAUUCCACAUCCAGCAGAAGAAAAUUCAACGGGCGUGGAGUUUGCCCUCUACAGUGUUGAGGUCUUUGCAUGCUUUUGCCCCAUUUUCCCCUGGAAUAGAAAGACGCAUCCAGAGCACUAGGAAGCGCAUAGUCAAGACACAUGGAUGGAAUAGGACAGAAGUGGCGGUGAUUGUCCCAGACCUUCCCUUCCUCAGCCAAAGGACCAAAGACAUUUUGGAAGCUCACCUGAAGAGGAGGACUGCGGAGCACAGGUGGGGCAUGCCAAAAACCAUUAAGAAGCUCCUGGGGUUGUUUUUGCCUUCCAGACCUCCUUCCCAACAUGAAAGCAUUCAUGAGCAACCACCACUCUGCUGGAAGUGCAAAUCCCUCCUCACGUCUACAGAUGUUUCCCAAACUGAAGAAGAAGAAGACUUUCUGGAAGAGUCAAAGAAAGUCAGGAGAAGGAAAAGGUGGAAGGGUAAAGAUUUCCAGCCAAGAAAGCAGAGGGAAUCUACUCGUGUGAGUCCUGAUGGACGGCAACUCUUAGCACCUAUGGAGGGAAGGCUUUCUUUUCUUUCUGAUGGGGCCAGGAAUUACCUGGAGUUUCACAUCCAGCAGAAGAAAAUUCAACGAGCAUGGAACCUGCCUUCCUUGGUCCUCAAAUCCUUGCGUGCCUUUGCCCCAUUUCCUCUUGAAGACCAGAAGGACGUGCAAGACCCAAGAGAUAGGAAGACCAAACACAUCCUGUGGGAGAAAAGAGACGUGCCCAUCGAUGUCCAGAGUCCAUUCUUUCUCAGCCCAGAUGUUGAGGAACACCUGGAUACCCACGUGAGACACAUAACAACAAAGCACCAAUGGGGUCUUCUUGAACGGGUACAACAGCCCCUGCAGGCAUUUCUGCCUUUGAGAUCCCAUUCCCCAUCUGAGUUGGAAGAUGAGAAAGAAGGUUCGUCAGAGAGAGCCAAACGCAGGAAAGUCUACCGUAAGGCAAAUGUGAUGCCAUCUGCAAAAGGACAUAUCGAAAAGUCUCCUAUCUUUUAUUCAGAAGUGAAGCUAACUUUCUUUGAGGACGCAGCCUGGAACCUCCUGGAAUUCCAUAUCCAGCACAAGAAACUCCAACAUGCAUGGGGUCUGCCCUUCAUGGUGUUGAGAUCCCUAGAUGCUUUUGCUCCCUAUCUCCAUGACUCCACGAAGCGUCCGUUAGCCGUACAAGGCACAUUGACAACCCGUAAGCUUCCCGGGGGCAGAGAAUUUCACAUGAUUGCCCAGAAUCUGUCAUUUCUUAGCUCAGAUACAAAACAACUCUUAGAAGCUCAUCUGAAGAAUUUAGUUGCGGUACAUAGAUGGGGGCUUCCAAAACAUGCUCAAACCACAUUGAGAGCAUUUCUGCAUCCUGGCACACUCAGUUCAACAGCCUAUAAAUCUCCCCAGAUCUCGUUGCCCCAAACGUGGGUUACAGACAGAAGUCCCAUGAAGGAAUUCCAGCUCAGAAAGAAAAAGGCAAAGUUAAAGGUACCCGUCACCUCAUCCACGAUCUAUUUCAGGAGCAGAAAGAUGGACUUUCUCGAUGAGGGUGCUCAGAAUCUUCUGGAAUUCCACAUUCUGCACAAGAAAAUUCAACACACCUGGGGCUUGCCAGCCAUUAUUCAGAAAUCCCUACGGUUGUUUGCUCCCUCUGAGUCUCAGAAGAAGCCACAAUCUGCAGGAGACGUGACCAUGAAAACAACAGCCCAAAAAUCAUGGAUAGCGAAGGAAGUCAGAGUUGCCCCACAGCAGCUACGCUUUCUGCACCCAGACGUAAAGAAGCAGCUGGAAAGCCACAUCAGAGAGGUCACGGUGAAGCACAGAUGGAGGCUUCCAAAACUGGUGCAAGACACACUGGCAGCAUUUAUUCCUCAAGCUGAAGAAAUGGGGGAGGAGAUGAAGGAACCGUUCUCAACAUACGAUGAAGACCAUCUACUGAGAUCCAGUUCUAGCUUAGGGGUACCUGACAUGUCUGACUCAGAGCUAUUUUAUGAACACCAACAAAUUCCGGUGGAGAUUCGAGUUUCUUGGCUGGAUACUGAAGAGCCAUCAUUUUGCUUCGAUAGGAAAAUCCAGCACGACAGAAGCAUUCAAGGGAAAAUGGCCAGGAGAGAAGCACCUGAAGCGAGCAAACAACACAAGUUGCCGCUGGAGAGAACCGAAUCAGAUGUCUACCUGAAGGAUGAACAAAGAUGGGCAGCAGACCUUCUGGGUAGAACACGAGAUCCUAGAGGCCCCUUUUUCUCGACUCCGGUUUCUGGUUCUCAGAAACGCAAAUAUAAUGCCACCAGCUCAUCGGAGAGUUUAUCUCUGGGGAAAUAUCCAAGUCAAAGAACUGGUUGGUUAGCCAGAGAGAGGGAAGCUCUUCCUUGCUCUUCCAACUUGUCCCUCAAGAAGGACCUUCUGAAACAACUUCAAAGCACUUCCCAGAGAAAGGAAGGCGAUAGAUACUAUCCCAUUGGAUUGAAGCGGUCUCAGUUAUCCAAAGGCUCUAGUUUUAGUUGGGUACCCAACAGUCUUUGCAGGAUAUGCAAUUGUCCUUGCCGAUGCCAUUUGCCUUCAUCCAGGGAGGGCUCCAUGUUCUCAUUGCAAUCCGUUAGGAAGCAGGAAGAGACGCCAGGUUUAAUUUGGGGUAUGGUAAAGGAGGCAGAAACAGAUUCCUCAUCUCUGCUAACAGAGGACAGGUCAUCCCUUCCAUCUAUUUCAGCAAAGAAGGAAGAAGUUCAGUUCUCUUCUGUUACAUCAGAAGAAGCUAUCUCUGAAUCCUCCUUGAGGGACGCUUCUCUUCGAGAACAAGAAGCCACCCCUUCCAGUACAGGAGAUCAGGGAGUCCCAUUUCAGGAGGAAAGAGUGUUUGCUAGCGAUGCAGACCUGCAGAAGGUGACUACAUCAGGAAGUGAAUUGCCCGAUACCUCAAGGUCCUCUGGACAAUUUUCUUCAUCCCCCAAAGGUAUGUUCUUCCAAGAAGCAAUGCAACCUUCACUCGCUGUUGAGCAGACAUCAGUGCUGGGCUACAGAAAGGAAGGUGAACAAACUGUCACGGAACCAGGCAUGGAGGAACCUGAUGGUGGAAAACAUUCAACCACUGAGAUGGUAGACGAGAAGACCCUGAACUGGGGAACAGAAUUAUCUACAAAGGAACCUUUUAUGGAUCGCAGACCAUUAAUACAACACAAGAGGACCAAAACGCCUGGGUCCAUUCAAAAGAGAAGAAAGCCCACGUCAGAAAGAGGCCAGUCCACGGAGCCCAAGAAACAAGUUCGCCAUGCUCAAUUCCUGGUCAGUGCGGAACCCGAUGAGAAAAUGUCCAUCCUGGGUAGAAUCUUGGAGAGAAAAUUGCGCCUGCGGCAUGGAUUGAAUAUUUGGAAGUACAGCCGUGGAAGGUCCCAGGUGUUUUCCAGAAUGAAACACAAGAUAGAUAGCUUUAGGCACAGUUUCAGGGUACGAAGCCGAACCAGAAGCAAGGAUAGCUCUAGGAGAGAUCAGUCCCGUAGUCCGGAAAGCACCACAAGAAGCAGAAGCUCAAGUGGCAAGGCAAGAAGCAGAGGAAGAAGCAGAGAGAGGAGAUCAAAGACCGAGGUGAGAAAAAAGGAGUUGCCACAAAAGGAAUUAUGAUGGCCGUACCUAUAUUCCUUGACAAAGGGAGCAGGGAGAAACGAUGAAAAACCAGUAGUUCCUGGCUGAAGGAUCCAGAAAGAAAGGGUGCAAAUCCUGAGAAGAGUAGGGAGACCUUUGGAAGCGCAAAUUUGUAAUCCAGCUUCAAGAACUGGGGCCAAGCCAUUGUGCCAAAGGUUGAUAGACAACCCUAUUAGUCCUAUCGCAUUCAUAUGUUAAUUUCUAAAAUAAUGAUUUAUUUUUUUUGCAGCAAUGUAUUAAUAAAAAGAAAUAUUUUUUCAACGUGGAUAAAAAUAUAUG